AUGGCCGAGUGGGACUACGACUAUCUGAUCAAGCUGCUGGCACUGGGCGACUCAGGCGUGGGCAAGACCACUUUCCUCUACAGGUACACCGAUAACAAGUUCAGCCGCAAGUUCACCUCCACCGUGGGCAUCGACUUCCGGGAAAAACGGCUGAUGUACACAGGGACAAAUGCUGACGGAGCAACAGAGAAGAACUUCAGAGUCCACCUUCAGCUUUGGGACACAGCUGGACAAGAGAGAUUUCGCAGUCUGACAACAGCCUUCUUCAGAGAUGCCAUGGGCUUCCUGCUUAUGUUUGACCUGACCAGUCACCAAAGCUUUCUGAAUGUCAGGAACUGGAUGAGUCAACUCCAGGCCAACGCCUAUUGCGACAAUCCAGACGUGGUCCUGGUGGGCACCAAAGGCGACCUUCGGAACAUCAGGGAUGUGCACACCAGGCAGGCGCGAGAUAUGGCUGACAAAUAUGGCAUCCCCUACUUUGAGACAAGUGCCUUGACAGGCUCGGGCGUGGAUAAAGCAGUGCAGACUCUACUGGACAUGGUGAUGAAGCGGAUGGAGCAGAGCACACCCGAAGCCGAGACCAACGGCGACGGCAGCCGGACGAUGGCAACUCAAGAGGUCGCCCUCUGGAGGAGGUGUGCCUGCUGA